AUGACGUUCCGCGGGAACGAGUCCGGCAUGGACUUUGAAUACCAGAACCGCACAGGACCGCUAGACAUGCAAUCACCAUUCGCUAAACUCGCGCAACAACACCAGCAAAGACAAAAGUUCGCGCCAAACACAGGAGUCGCAGGGACAAAACGUAUGCAGGCAUACCAAUACCCCAUCACCCGUGGCGACGAGAGUACCGACCACGAAGUGAAGUGUUAUUCUGACAUCCCUGCAGGUCCAUACAACGUCUUCGACUCGCCGCAAAAGUCCAGUCUCCCAAGCCAAUAUUCACCAUCCAAACCGCUACCGCCGACACCUUCUGCUUUCAAUGGAUUGUUCAACACGCCGCGGAAAAUGAAUGUCGAUCUCGACGACUCCUCUGCUGGCGAAACUCCACGAUCGCCCGAGCACGACGAUAGUACGACUGCUACGCCGGAGAGGAAGAACAGCUACGGUAAUAGCAUGGGGUUCCGGACGACGGCCACAAAGUUGUUUGCUGCAUCGAACAUGCAGACCUUGCCAAGUGCUGGCGAACCGCGGGGCAGUCCAGUACGGGAGAAAGAUCGCGAACGCAUGCAGAUGCCUAGGAGAGACAGCUGGAUCGUCCGACUCAAGGAUAAGCUGAGCAACAGUCCUGGAAGGGGAGAGAUUCACCGACCAGAACACAGCGGCGCAGUGGAGAAGCGAGUCAAGAAGAAGCGUGAUGCGCAAAUACAACGCCAGGUAUCCCGUCGGAGAAGACAUAGUGUGUCGGACACGGGCGAGGACAGCGAUGCGGGAGCGAAGAAGCGCAAACUCUGGAGGAGUCCACGGAAAAACGACCAGAGACACUCCAAAGACGACGACGAAGACGACGACCCCUCCCGCGACAAGAAACACUGGCUCUCCUCCUUCUUCACCUUCAUCGCGCAACACCCGACCGUCCCACACAUCCUCUCCUUCUACGCUCAACUCGCCUUCAACGUCUUCCUCCUCAUGGGCACCAUCUACGUCCUCUGGUCCAUCAUCGCCGCCUUCCGCGGCGACGUCGACAAGAAGUCGUUUGAAGCGACGGCGGAAAUUCUCGCUGAAUCCGCGGCAUGUCUGAAAGAGUGGACGAUCAACCGGUGCGCUCCGGACACGAGACUGCCCGCUCUUGAAGCAAUGUGCAACUCGUGGGAGAAGUGCAUGAAUCGCGAUCCUAGUAAGAUUGCGAGGGCGAGUCUUUCGGCGAGAACGCUGGCGGAGAUUUAUAACGAGUUGAUUGAGCCGAUUAGUUGGAAGGCGAUGAUCUUCACCUUCGUCAUCAUAGUCGGCUGCUUCACCGGCACCAACGUCGCCUUCAGCAUCUUUCGCGACAAAGCCUCGCACCCGACCGCCGGCGUGCAGAAUCACUACUACCCUCCUCCGACACCGUCACGGACAUUCAGUGGCUUGCAGCAGCAGGUUGGUGGUGCGGAGGGUGGUGGAGGAGGAGGGUAUUAUUGGCAGGGAUAUGGAGGGGAGCCGGGACCGAGUGGGUUUGCUAGGUUGGACGGGGGAGGUGAAGGGGAGGGGAGUCCGAAGAAGGUGGGGUGGAAGUGA